AUGGAUCUUGUGGAAGACAUUCGAUACAACUGGUCAUCUACGGAAAACUAUUGUACUAUAAAGAGAAGAAAAUUUGAAAGUAAACGUUACGGUACUACUUUAUUUACAUCCUGUCUUCUCUUCCUAACGUUUUCGUCGAAAUUGGGUGGUAUCCACCUAAAUUUUCAUGUUUGGAUCUGGUCUGGAUCAAUUUUGCAAUUUUCAAUAACCACCUCGUGGCAAUCUUAUGCACCCUUAUCGAAUGCUUUUUCUCAUUUUAUUUAUGUUAUGCUUUCUGGAAAAGUUAGGGUCCACAAAAUUUACGUUGUCUGUAAUUCCGGCCAAUCAACCGGUACUUAUUGGUCAGAAGUUUUAUUUAAACGUAAAGACAAACUGAUUUCAGAGAAAUGUCAUGUUUAUGAGGAACAGAAGUAUCACCUUGUCUGUGAACCAAACGAUUGGCAAAGAGCUCAUACUUAUGAAUUACAUAUCAAAUCAGUUUCUUGGGCAGAUCGUGGUGAUUGGUUGUGUAUUUAUGCAGCAAAUAUGACCAGACAAACCCUUGAAGUAUAUGCACCAGCUAAGCUGGAAAAAAUGGGUGUCUCAAGUUUGGCGUUACCUAUGACUAUAGGUAAAGAGAAUAUAAUGAAAGAUUCUGGUUCAUCUUCUGGAAUAUCAUCUCCUUCUGUGUCACACUCUGGUUCUUCUUCAUCGUCUUCUCUGGCUGCAGCAGGGGUGGAUUCAGUGUUAUCAAUCAUCGGUACACCACCUGGCCAACAUAUUGGCUUGGGUACUCGGACUAAUCCGUACGAUUUGCGUCCAGGGUUGGGAAUACAACUCACUUGUGAAACAACUUGUGGACAUCCUAGAGCCAAUAUAACUUGGCUGGUCAUAAAUGAGACAAUGACUAAGGCAAUAAUGCCGACAAGUGCGAAUAAAAUAAGCUAUGAUCAAUGUAAUACUUCACUGAAUACAAUUCAUAUGACGACGACUACGUCUCACCUACAGGUUCAAUGUUCACAGUUAGAUAUCAUCGGUUUAAAUCAAAUCCAGUGUUCAGUCAGUGGACCACAGUACAAGGAUAUCUUACUAACAAGACAUGUUUAUGUAUUAUGUCCUGGCGGUGAAAGACCAAUGCAUUUAACAAGUGGUGAAGUUGUUGGCAUUGCAGUUGGGUCAGCGCUAGGCUUAAUUCUUGUAUUCAUUGGUUGUGUUAUCCUGCGCAAUAAUGGGAAAUCAUCUCCUUUAGCAUUUCAUGGUCAUAUACCUGGUCAACGUGUAUAG